AUGGACGUGGAAGACACCACGGGCGCCGGGUGUCGAGAGACAACUCGGUGGCGCGCGUUAUUCCACGCGCUCCCCGAAGAGAUUCAGCAAACCCCACUGGGUCAAGCAAGUACGGCAGACUCACUGUGCAGACGGAGAAACGCCGCUGCCAUCCGAAGGCCACAGAGGGUCAUUGCGCAGCGGGUGGCGAGGGCGUACCGUACAGUGAGCUUUGCGGCGGCGUGCGUUCUGGCGGGAACCCCUCCUUGGGAGCUCGAGGCUUGGGUGCUCGCCAGAGUGUACGACUGGAAGGCGGCGCAGAGGGCACUAGACCGGCACCUGGACCCUAUAGAACGGGAAGAAGUACGGGAGGAAGCGAGGGAGAUAAUAACUGGGCACUGGGCCUAG